CCAAACUGAACAUCAAUAAGUCAGUUAGGGUCUUCAAGUGGUUUACACGUGUCACUGUUGUGAGCUCACGUGCCUUUGAAAUACAGCGCCCCGCUCUGGUCCUGACGCAGUUGCCGUCCUUGGUCUGGUUGACUCCUGUGACCACCACCGUGGACACGCACCGUGCAGGGCAGCGGAUGGACCAUGAAUCUGUCCACAGGCCUCUGAGAGUCUACUCCAUGCUGACAUGUCUUCUGGGCCUCAUCACUUUAACCGUUCUUCACAUUCUCUUCCUCAUCGUCUCCCCUUCCGUCUACCGAAUAAUGUCCUCGGGCCUGAGAACAGUUGGGCCAGGACACAAGGUGGGUGUGAGGUCCGCAAGUUCCUAUUUAGUAACAUUUCUUGGAAACGGGAACACAGAUGACCCGUCCUCCCAUUCCUCCCACCCGGAUCCAGGGAACACGAACAGCAACAGUUCUGACAAUUCAAACAUAGGAGAUCAUCCGGUGGCAAAUUUUGGAUUCGAUGACUUUGAAGAUGCAGAGGAGGACAACACCGAUGUCAAAUCGCUAUCUCCAUACGAGGACAACAACGACGCGGACGUUUUAGUCUCGUCGACGAACGUGUCAACGAACGCUGACCAUUCAGACGCCGUUAGGCCCCGAUGGAUCCAAAGAAGAAGACAACAACAUCGACAGGUCACUGCCAGGUGUCAUUGCAACGCAGCUGCACGACAGCGGAGGACCGAAGGCGUGGGCAAGACGUUUGGCGGAGCAGGCACCAACGCCAAAGUCCCGGGGCUGGAGGUGCACGUGCUGAGCGCAGUGACGGCUGUCGAGAAGAGGACUGGGGAACAUGCGGGAGGCAAAGGCAGCAGACAUACUGUCUUCCUCACCACGUGGACUGACGAGAUACCGGCAAAACAAGGACAUCAAGGUACAGUUCGUCUGCUGUAUUCCGGACUCGGAAGCGCUGGACGGUCACCUCUGACAUCGUCACCAGCCGUUGCCGUCACGUACGUGUUAAGAACGGCCUUAGGGAAGGAGGCCGUUCAGGUAAACCUGACGUACACGGAGUACCAAUGUCACGUGACCACUAAACACGGAGUGAGGCGACUGGCGUUCGGGUACAAGAACUGCACGGCAGAAGUCAGUCCUUUUCUUCCCAUCGAGUUUGUCACAUCAACCGACAACGACAUGAACGAUGGGAUGCCCAGCGUUGCCAUAUGCCUCCCGGCCUUGUACGGAGAUGUCCCUCUCAUAGAACUGGUGGAGUGGAUAGAACUCCAUCGACUGGUAGGAGUAACACGAAUCCACGUGUACUACUUUGACGUCACUGAGAGGACCGUUAACGUUCUGCGUCACUAUGAGAAGGAGGGUCUGGUGACGUUUCGCUCCUUUUCGCUGGCAAGAAGAGCAGGUGACCCACCCCGGGGGUUUGUCCGCCCUCGAGUGUACGAUGAACAAGCCUGGAUGGAUGCUUGGAUCAACCUCAACGACUGCCGUCGUCGACUGGCCACCUUCACAUUCGUUCUUGUCCUUGACUACGACGAACUCCUUGUUCCCACAUCGCCACAUAACACACUCAGGGAGGUAUUCAAGGUGAGGGACUACAAAUGCUAUUAUGAUCAGAAAACAAAUUGGGGAAAGAGAGUGCUUAUGUCUGAAAUGCUAACUCCUCUGAUGUCUUCUUGUGUCUUUAUUUUGAACUUUUGAUUUUUGUAUUUUCUGUGACCUGCUCUCCUUCUGAUCUGUUCCAUUCUUCAGGCUGCUCUGGCAAAGUUUCCAGACGCCGCCUAUUUCGUCAGCCACUCUCACAUCCACCUGACAGACUGGGGUCGCACCUACAACGACACCGACCUCUUCUUCCUGACUCACCUGCAGA